AUAAAUACGUACAGUAAUAUGUGGUGCUACAGUAAUAAUUUAAAAAAGCAUUAAACUGUAACCUUUCAAGGAAAUCUUUACAUCAAUUUGCGAGUUUUAAUUAAAUGGCCCCACCAACACACCAGAAGCAGCAGUAGCGAAAACCGGUACAUGGGGAAUUUAUUUUAUAUUCUUAGUCAUCGUAUCAACGGGUUACUCGGAGAUCUGCUGCGGUUUUAGAAAUAUUUAUUUAUAGUGCUUAAUAAUAAUUAUUGGUUACCCCGGAUUACACAAACAGUUUAUUAUUUAGGCACAAAGUAAUCCAACAAUAACACAGUGUUGUACUUAAACAAUGGCAAAUAACUGGGAUUACAUACCCUUGGAACUAAAGGAUAAUGAACCCGAUAGUGCUCCGCACACAAGUGUUCUUAAUAUAAACGAUCCAAUGGAAAUAGCAGAUGAAAGCUCAAAACGCGUUAUGUUAAACAGCGGUGCAAUACCUUUUACGAAUUUGUCGAAACCGGGAGCUUCUCCUGUUCAUAAUAAUAAUUCACAAGGUGCCUCAAAUACAAGUGAGAUGCUUAGGAUUAAUUCUGUGGAGGAGGCACCACUGGCUCGAAUUGAAUUUGAGGAUGAUGAACGUGAGGAUGAUGAUCGAGAAUUUGUCAGUAGGCCGUAUCCUGGAGUGGAUGAUGGUUUUUUUGCCGAUAACGAUGUAAAUGAUAGCCGAGAAACUUUUCCCGGUGACGUCGAACUUAUACCAAAAUCGAAACAUCCUGAAGAACUAGCCCCUCAUACCCCCGAACUGACUCCAAGGGUAGCACCCGAUGGGGAAAAUCGUCCCCCAGAUGUUCCUCCGUCACCUAAGGAAUUACCCAGAUUUCCUCUACCAAGAGAUACUCCAGAUUUCCAUGGAUUUAAACCAAGUUUUAGUGACGAAGAAACUGGAACCCAAGGUACAGAGACCAUACCCGAUGUAAAUGUAUAUCAACACAAAAAAACAUUGGCACAAGGCAUGAUGGAUUUGGCACUUUUUUCUGCCAAUGCCAAUCAGUUAAGAUACGUUUUAGAGAAUUUUGGCAAAAGUCACCCUUAUUCGGUUCCAAGUUUGGUGUUGAUAUCUUUAAGUCUGAUUUUACAAGUGGUUAUAGGAGCUGGCUUGGUCUGGAACGCCACAUUGAAUAUAAAAGACGAAAAAGCCCUUUGUGUUGCAAAUAAGGUUAAUAACAUGACCACGAUCGGAGUGUUUUUCGUUACGGUCAUAAAUGUAUUUAUUUCUGCUUUCGGAAUAACCACAAAUCCUGCUACAUAAUGUCAGAACUGAUUAAUAAAGUAUAUCUAUGCACAAAUAUGAAAAUAAAAAUAUAUACCAAUA